UUCCGAGAGGGUGCGAGAAAAGAGUUUUCAUUUGGCGAGGAAUGGAGUCGCGCAGAAGUAUCUUAUGAAAGAAGAGCCAUGUGCUUUGCCAGGAGGCAUGUUGUCUUAUUACUGAGAGGAACGACUGCUAGUAUUAUGUAAGGAUGAUGGUCCAAAUUCGUUGGUUGCUUUUCUACGGGAUAUUUUGUACAGCUCUUUCUUUUACUGUCUUGGCUUACAAGAAACCUUCAUUUUGUGACCAAGAUGUUGAUCCGUUUUCAUUUUUGUGGACCAUCAAAAGAAAUCCUCCCUCCUACCUUUUUGGCACUAUCCAUGUACCUUACACCAAAGUGUGGGACUCGAUCCCAGUCAACGCCAAACAAGCCUUUGCCACUUCCACUCAAGUUUUCUUCGAACUGGACCUAGUGGACCCGACCACUGUGUCCGCCCUGUCUUCCUGCCAGCUGUUGCCACAAGGCAAGAAUCUAUCUGAUGUCCUCCCGGGAGAUCUGUACACUCGUCUCAAGAGACAUUUGGAGUACGUGCGAGGUAUGAUGCCUCAAUGGAUGACCAAAGAGGACCAGAGGGGGAGAGGAUUGUAUGCGGACUACCUGUUCAAUGCCAUUGCAGGAAACUGGGAGAGGAAGAGGCCAGUGUGGGUCAUGUUGAUGGUGAACUCUCUGACGGAAAGUGACGUGAGAUCCAGAGGCGUGCCUGUUUUGGAUUUGUACUUGGCGCAGGAAGCAGAGCGGUUAAAGAAAAAGACAGCGGCUGUCGAAAAGGUGGAAGAGCAGUGUUUGCCAUUGAACGGACUAAACUUUUCGCAGGUGCUGUUUGCUCUCAAUCACACACUUCUUCAACAUGAAUUGCGUGAAAGUGAGAUGCAGUCUUCUUACACCACCGAAGACCUUAUUCGGCAUUACAAUUGUGGUGACCUCAACUCGGAAGUGUUUGGACAAGACACUGCGCCUGUACCGAAUCUCUCGAAUAAUUCUUUAUCGGAGGAGGACGCCACUCUAGCACGAAACAUCGAUCUUUACUUUCGACAGGAGCUCAUCUACAACCGAAAUAAGAGGAUGGGAAGUAGAGUGGUGCAACUUAUGCAGCAAAAUCCCGACCAGAGUCUGUUCUUCGCCUUUGGAGCAGGCCAUUUCCUCGGUAAUAACACAAUUCUGGACUUCGUACAGGACCAUGGAUUCGAAGUGGAGCAUGUAUCAGUUUAUACUGAAAUUGAAAAAAGGGAAUCUCCCAAGCCCACUUCCAGUUUAGAUGAAAUGACACCAGGAUCGAGGCUUCCAAGUUUAUUAGAAACAAGCUCUAUUAAAAGCCAGGAUUCCCGCUUCAAUCAUCGACGAUAUACGACGAGUACUUCUGACAGCGUUUUAUGGAGAUCUGGAUCUCUUCUGGAGCAUAUUCUGUACAGUAGCAGUCCCUCCCCUGUGACCACUUACACACCGAAGCGCUUCAAUGAUCUCUGGGUACACCUGAAUACAUACGGGAAGAAGCUCAUUCAAGUUGGAGAAAUCUCUGCAAGAAGCAGCCAUGUUCAGCCACAUCAACAAGCUUUCCAAGCUCGGUUCGCGAAAAAUAAAGAGAAUGAUCAAAUGGUAUCUGAGAGCUCUAGGAUUCAAAUUGCACAACCUCUGCUACGGAUGAUGCUUCUUCUAUUAUUCAUUCAUUACAGUAUUGCAUUCCAGAUCCCUUCCCAAGUUGUUUGUUUGACUGGCAUAACCUGAGUUACUCAAAGGAUUUAUUUGUCAUAACCUUGAAAACAUGCAAAGAAAUUUCUCCAUCUGUUGAUAUAAAAACAUAAUAACUUUUCAUCCCCCUGGAGAGAUGCAUUAAUUAGAAUUCAGCGAUGUAUUUUUAUAAAGCAAAGUUGUAUCUGAAUAUUUGUUUUUCAAACUUUAAUUCCAAAAAAAGCAUAAUGUCUUAAUGCAAAAUAUUGAUAUAGCAAUGAGCGACUUGCUUAAUUGAAACUGAAUUCAUAGCAAAAAUCAUUGAAAUUGAAUAAAUAGAGAAUGAUUAUUCAUUUGAUGGAACUUGCCUUUAUUAUUCCAAUGUGAUUCUGUAAUAAUUUUAUGAUAAUAUUUGGUUAUAAAUGAUUGAUAUA